AGGUCCAGGAAGACUCUGGUCUGUGAAGAUCCAGACUGCUGGAUCAGGCUCCUCCCUCUGACCUCUGACCCCUCAGCAGCAAACUGCUCCAUCUACAGCCGAGGUGAGGAGCUGUUCUGUCAGGUGAGCAGAGAGAUCCCUGCAGGUGAGAAGCUCCUGGCCUCCCUGUCCCCUCCUCCUCCUCCCUCCUCCUCCUCGCUCUCCCUGCUCACUCAGAAGCAGCCGGCGGUGAAGGAGGAGCCUCUGUACCCGGCGGCGCUGCACUCCGACAUCCAGCUGCUGCCCCAGCAGGCGGGCAUGGCGGCCAUCUUGGCUACAGCGGUGGUUAACAAGGACAUCUUCCCGUGUAAGGACUGUGGGAUCUGGUACCGCAGUGAGAGGAACCUGCAGGCCCACCUCAUGUAUUACUGCGCCAGCCGUCAGAAGCAGCCGGCGGCGGCCUCGUCUCCGCUGCAGGACAAGCCCAAAGACUCGUACCCCAACGAGCGCGUGUGCCCCUUCCCGCAGUGCAACAAGAGCUGCCCCAGUGCCAGCUCCCUGGAGAUCCACAUGCGCACCCACAGCGGUGAGCGUCCGUUCGUCUGUCUCAUCUGCCUGUCGGCCUUCACCACCAAGGCAAACUGUGAGCGCCACCUGAAGGUCCACACGGACACCCUGACCGGGGUCUGCCACGGCUGCGGCUUCGUGUCCACCACCAGGGACAUCCUCUACAGCCACCUGGUCACCAGCCACAUGGUGUGCCAGCCCGGGUCCCGCAGCGAGGUCUACUCUCCAGGUCCAGGCCUUCCCAAGCUGCCCCUGUCCACAGGUCUGAGUCCAGGAGACUCCGGGGUGGUCCUCAAGUGUCAGGUCUGUGGACACAACUCUGACUCCCCUUCCCAGCUGCAGCAGCACGUCCGAACUCACCUGGAAGUCAGAGUCCCGACUGAGCGAAGCCCUGCCCCUCGCCAGAGUACCCCCCACUCCACGGACCAGCCACAGCUGUCCCCGCAAGACCAGGAGCUCCCGGUCUCUGUCCUCAAACCAGAGUCCUCCAGUCCAGACCUUAAUGGAGGGUCAGCCACGCCUCCACACUACAGUUCUCCUGAUCUGGACCUGAAGAUCAAGGAGGAACCUGAGUCUGAGACAGAGGACCAUCAGGUGGAGCUGAGAGACCAUGGAGACCAGAAUCCUGAUGAGGGUCCACCAGAGACCAAACAAGAAGCAGUGGUCUUGUCCUCCUGCCAGACCUCAGCUUCUCCACAGAGUCCAGUCCACCCCACAGUCAAGGCAGAACCCACCAGUCCCACUCCAGGCUCCAGUCCUGCUCCGAUGGUCCCAGGGGGGGCUCUGUUUCUGCCUCAGUACAUGUUCAGCCCUGAGGCUGCCAUCCUGCCGCAGGCCUCCGAGAUCCUGGCCAAGAUGUCAGAGAUGGUCCACAGCCGGCUGAAGCACGGUCAGACUGUUGUCCAGAACAACCCGGCUGCCUUCUUCCCGUCCGGACCACCUGCGGGGACCACCACGGCGGCUCCGCCUCCCAAAGGAGCCACCUGCUUCGAGUGCGACAUCACCUUCAACAACAUCAACAACUACUACGCACACAAGAGGCUCUACUGCUCCAGCAGGCAUCAGGGGGACGGCCCCAGCUCCGGGUCUGGACCCACGCCUCCCAGCGGACCACCUGGAUCCUCUCCUCAGGUGGGGGCCUCAAGCCGAGCGGCUUCCGCCUCCCCAACCGACUCAGAGCCUCCUGCAGGCAGCGGGGCGGCAGACACCACGAGGCAGGUGGAGAUGAAGAGCGAAACGUCGUCUGCAGGCAGAGAGGGGGUCUCCUCCUCCUCUGAAGGGGAGGGGGGAGGAGGAGGGGGAGGAAGAACGAGCGAAGGCAGCCCGAGUCCUGUUAGCGGUUCUGCAGAGGACCAGGAAGAAGACCCCAACAAAACCUUCUGCGAGGCCUGCAACAUCCGCUUCAGCCGGCAUGAGAACUACACAGUGCACAAACGGUUCUACUGCGCCUCGCGCCACGACCCGUCCAACCAGCGCUCCGGACACGCCAAGACCCCCGCCGCCACCGCCUUCCUUCCUCAGCCCAUCCGCACCCGCAAGAGGAAGAAGAUGUACGAGAUCCACAUGGCCCGGAGCGAGGCGCUGGCUAACGCCGCUGCCGCCUCAGCUGCCGCCGCCGCUCCGUCUCCCUCCGUGCUGGGCCUGGUGGUCAAACAGGAAGUGUCUCCUGGGGGCGCCGGCAGCUCCAGCCCCGAGAGAGACGGCCCCAUCGACCUGAGCAAGAGACCCCGCCUGAGGGAGACCCCCCGUCAGGGCGGCAUCCUGCCAGCCCUGCCUUUGAGCGACUACCACAAGUGCACGGCGUGCAGCAUCAGCUUCAACAGCAUCGAGAACUACCUGGCCCACAAGACCUACUACUGCCCCGCCACCAGCCUGCAGCCCACCAGCCUGCAGCCCCCCACCCUGCAGCCCCGCAGUCUGGAGCAGCUGCACCGCCUCCACAGGUCCGCCUCCACCUCCCCCAAGAGCCGGCCCCAGCAGGAGCCCCUGGACCUCCUGCACCCCGUCGAGGCCAAAGCUCUGCCUGCCGAGUGGGCCGCCCAGACCCGGGGGGCCUCGUCCAGCCCCCACUCCUCAGCUUUACCCGCCUCUGGAGCCACGUCCCCCGCCCUCGCAGCCACCCCCGCAGCCGGAGCCGGAGCCAAGGGGGCCGGUUCCUCCCAGGUGGUCUGCCCAUACUGUCCCAACAGGACCCUGACCUGUGACCUGAUGGAGCACUUCAAGACCACUCAUGGUCUGCUUGUGACCAUCCAGCCCCCCCUGGAGACCCCCCCUCCGGCGGGCAGGUCCAGCCCCAGCCUCAGUCCCAGAGAUGGACCCACCCCCACCAGCCAGGCCCGGCAGGGCUCCAGAGUCCACAAAGACAGCCUGAACGGUCAGGCCAGAAGCAGGGGGGCGUCCCCCGCCUCCCCCCUGCUGAACGGCAGCCCCUCCCUCGGUGGGGACUCCCCUUUAGCUGCCUCCCCUCUGCCCGUCUCCCCUCCCCACGCCCCCUCCCUGACCGUGUCACCUGAUGCUCUGAAGGUGGCGUCCACUCAGCUGGCAGAGCACAGCGCCCCGCCCGCCCCCCCCUCGGGCCCUAAGACCCCCCCGGUCUCCACGGUCCAGAACGGGAACUCCCGCUUCUGUCGGCUGUGCAACAUCAAGUUCAGCAGCCUGUCCACCUUCAUCGCCCACAAGAAGUACUACUGCUCCUCCCACAGCGCCGAGCACGUGAAGUGAAGCCUUCUGGCCCUCCUGCAGGGGGCGGGGCCACACCCUCUGACUGUUACACCUGGCGGCAGGUGAUUCCUGGGACGGGUAUCUGUCUGUGGCACACUAAGCUGGGACGGACGUCCUCGGCGUUGAUGGCGGGACGUUAAACAGUUUCCUCCGCCUCGGCUGUGAUGGACACUUUAAGGCCACGCCCCUCUGAGGACCGUGGGCCUGCUCCCACACUGACUCCGGUCUGUCGUCAUGUUACUAACGACUGAAGGAUGCUCUUGUUCCCUCCUGAGGGAAAUAUUUAUCUUUGAGUCCUCACUGAUUUCACGUCAACACAAACUACCUGCCUGUCUGAGACUGUUUGUAUUUUUGGUUUGUAUCUUUUUCGUACUGUUGGGAGGAGUGUGAUGUGUUGAAGUGUGACUGUUCCGUCUCGAGGUAACCGCUGGGAUCACGCUGAAUUUAUUAGCAUUUUGUUAGCGCCGCGUUUGUUGCAGGUAGACGACAAAAACUUUUCAGACUUUAGUUUCCGGGCCGUUCACGUUUGUUUUUAUAUGAAUGAUUUUCUGGGUAAUGAAGGCACAGCAGAGGCGUUAGCGUUAGCAUUAGCGUUAGCGUUCAUGCAGCAGAACAGUGUUAGCUAAAAACUGUAAAAAUACUUUCUAUUUUCCACUGAUGAUGCAAAAACAAAAGGAGGUCUGAGCACUCGCUGUGGGGGGGCCGGCCCUGAUGUUUGGAACACGCCGUCAGAGAAGCAGUCUGAUUGGCUGAUGAACAGUUUGGCUCCGCCCAGUGAGCAUCAGCCUCUUUUUAACUGAAAAAGACUGAUAAUGUGACCUUUAUCACAUUCAUGUCUUUUCUUUUUUCAAUUUCUCUCAGGAUUUAGCUGGUUUUGUUUUUCUCUCUUCUCAUUUGGGUUUUAGAGUUUUUGUCGGCACUAAGUUGAGUCGUGACCUUCAGCAGAACCCGAGCCGAAAGCGUCCUGUAAAUAACUUUGGUUCUGAGCUGUUGGCAAAAAGAAAAAGAGCCUUUCUCUUUUUCCAUUAGGAGAUCGAUUAAAGGUCUGAUCUGUGGGCUUUAGUGACAUCUGGUGGUCAGAAGAAGAACUACAACCUGACUUUAUAGAACUUUAAACUGGUUUAAUGAAACAACAGAAAGAAGUUAAUUUAGAAAAGUUUAUAAAACUUUCAUAAAAAUUUGUCUUCAUGUGCUACAGCCAACCUGCUGCUGUAAAUCUGGACCUGCUCCUGGACUGGGCUUGUUUCCUGUCCAGCGGGUUGGUCAGACAGGAAGUGAUGUCAUUAAGUCCCACACUGAGGACCUUGUGAAUGUUUUUGUUCGGAGCUCCUCUUUGUACUUACGUUACGCAGCACUUUUGUUUCCUCAGCGCUCCUCGAAGGACUUCCUGAAACAUCUGAACUUCACUCAAAGUGUUUUUAUUAGAUUUCAUCCUGUUUUCUUUUGUAACGGAGAAAAUCACAACGAAUGUCAACAUUUUAUUUCCUUUCUCUGAGCUUUGGUUUCUGUUCAGCUCCACUACACUCGUGUCCAAACUAUGCAUGGAAAUAAAAAGUUCUGAGAGACGCAGA